CUGUCCAACUACUUCGCGGAGAAGGGGCUGGAGGACCUGGUGCUGGUGGCCGUCGACUUCGGCAUCAGCAAGCGGGCGCGGGACAUGGCGGGGCGACUGGGCGUGCCGGUGGCCGUCAUCGAGAAGCGCCGCACCGCCAACGACGACCGCUCCGAGACCCUCAACGUCAUCGGCGACGUGCGCGGCAAACGCGCCCUCACUUUUGACGACGAGAUCCUCACCGGCGGCACCAUCGUCAACGCGGCCAACGCCCUGCUGGAAGCCGGCGUACCGAGGUGUUCUGCUGCGCCACCCAUCCGGUAUUCGCGCCGGCCGCCCCCAGGCUCCUCAAGGAAAGCGCCUUCAAGGAAGUGGUGGUGA